AUGGCAUAAUUUGUGGAUUUGCACCGGUUGUGCCCCGCACAAUGAUGGUGUCCCGACCAGGUCUCCUCCACGUCCGCGACCCUGCAUCCGCUGCGGAGCGGAAGUUGAACAGGCGCUUCUUGGAGGAGACAUGUCUGGGGAUGCGAUUGCACUGACCCUGAUGCACGGUAGUUCAAAGCACAAGAUUGAAAUUUCUGCUGUACAGGAAGGAUGCGAACCUACAUUGCAGGACAUGGCAACUGUUAUUGCUCAAGUUACUGGAGUACCCCAGCAACUGCAGAAACUAAUCUUUAAAGGUAAAUCUCUCAAAGACAUGGAACAACCUUUGUCCGUUCUUGGUGUUAAAAAUGGCUGUAAAAUAAUGAUGAUUGGCAAAAAG